AUGAGUGAAUACGAAGAAAUACAAAUAUCAUCUUUAAAUACUCUUUUACAAAAAACUAUAAAUGAACCAAAUUAUUCUUCAAUAUUAAUAGAAUCAAAUGAAUUUGAAGAUAUUUUGCGUAAUAUUUCAUCUAAAUCUCCAAAAAUAAAACCUUUGUCAUUAUUAAUUUUAACGAAAUUAUUUGAAAAUGUACAAAAAAAUAAAGAUACCUUAGAAUUAUUUAAACAUAAUAAUUCAAAAUUUAUUAUUAAAUGGUUAAAUUCAACAAAAAAACAAGAAAAAUUAUAUGGAUAUAAUGCGCUUGAAUCACUUUUUCAAAUUUCUAGUGAAAUUGGUUCUUUCAUUUUAUUAAAAGAAGGUAUUUUAGAAGAUAUAAUGGAUUGUGUAGAAUUUGAACCUGAAGAAGUUCAAGGUGCUAUUACUGAAAUAAUAUCAGUAGCUUGUUCGCAAAAAGAAUGUAGAGCUUUAGUAGCAACACAUUGUCAAAAUUAUUUAAAAAGUUUAAUGUCUAGUAACAAUCAAAAAUUAAAAGCUUUAGCGGCUGUUGCAUUGACAAAGAUUUUGUUAGAUGAAAAAGCAUCUGAAGAACAACAAAAUAAUAAUAAAAUUUCUGUAAUUGAUGAAAAUGAGACGCUUUUAUCUGGUUUAUUUCAGAAUAUGGUUUUAGAUACUGAUUCGGAAGCCACAGCUCGUAUAGCUGCUAUUGAAGGAUUGGCUUACUCUAGUUUAAAACCUGCUGUGAAAGAAACAAUCACAUACCACCCAACUUUGUUAAAAGAGAUAUUCAAACUUGUGAAAGACUCUGAGAAGACGAAUAAUACAUUAUUUUAUGGUGUGGCAGUAAUCUUGGCUAAUAUUACAACAUACAAGAAAAAAAUGAGUGAAUCCGAAGAACAAUUUCUCAAAUUAAAGAAAAUGUCGGGAGAAACCUUAAAAAUUGAUUUAGAUCCUAUAGAUGAUGAUGAAUAUGUGAUUAAUCGGACAAAACAAGUUAUGAAAUCUGGUGUCAUUCUUCCUUUAAUUACCAUGUCAAAAAAUUCUAGUCAAGCAAUUCGGCAAUUAGUUGCAAAAGUAUUUCUUAAUCUUGCAACUGAUCAAAGCAAUCGGGGUGCAAUCGUUCAGCAAGGUGGUGUAAAAGCUUUGAUCCCGUUAGCUACCAAGAAUUCAAAAGAAGUUACUGAACCUGCAAGCCAAGCAUUGGCAAAAAUCGCCAUUACAAUGGACCCAAAUUUGGCUUUCCGUGGAGAAAGGGCAGCAGAUCUCGUACGACCUUUCCUUUCUUUAUGUCAGGGAGGAAAUGAACUUUGUCAAUUUGAAGCUUUGAUGGGUUUAACAAACUUGGGAAGUUUUGAUAAUGAUAUUAGAAUGCGGAUUUAUGACACUAAAGGAAUUCCAAUUAUAGAAAAUUUACAAUUUUCCGAUAAUAACAUGAUUCGUCGAGCUGCAACAGAGUGUUUAUGUAACAUGAUGUUUUGUGAACCUGUUUACGAUAUGUACAGUGACCCUGAAACAUCAUCAAAUAAGAUUAAAAUAUUAGUUGCUCUUUCUGAUGUUGACGAUUUUGAAACUCGACGCGCAGCUAGUGGCACUUUGGCAAUUUUAUCUACAAGUCCAGAUGUUUGUAAGAUGAUUGUUGAUCGACCACGUGGAAUAGAAAUAUUAAAAGAAUUAAUUUCUGAAAAAUCGGUAGAAAUGCAACAUCGUAGCGCUGAAUGUUUCAAAAAUAUUUCAAAAGUUAGCAAAGAGAUGUGCCAACGAUUGGUCGAAGAAAAAGUCCAUGAAACUUUGAAUUUAUUGAUUAAAAAGUGCAAGGCUGAACCUGUUGUAGCAAUUGCUGUUGAGGCAUUGCAAGAAAUAUCAAAAUAUGAUAAUUUACCAAAUAAAUAA